CGGCAGCUUCAGCUCAGCUAGCAGCCCGAGCUAAUCCGGCUAACAGCUAACGGCUAACGGCUAGCUAGUGGCGCUAUGAUGGCGGAGCUGGUGCAGGGACAGGCCUCGAUGAACCAGCCGGGGCUGAAGCCAGACGGCCUGGCCGAUGUUUUACAGAGGGCCCGGCAGAUGGUGGGUAAGAUGGGCGGAGAAACCAUGUCCCACCUCAACAGCUCCUCAGGAAAUGUUGAGCCUUCGCUGUACUACCCAGGCCAGAAACGACCAGGAGAGGACGGAGUAGGUAACCAGCUCGCAGCCAUGGGGCAUCAAAGCAGGGUAAUCACAGAGGAUUACAAGGUGCCCGACAGGAUGGUGGGUUUCAUUAUUGGUAGAGGAGGAGAACAGAUCACCAGGAUCCAGUUGGAGUCCGGCUGCAAGAUCCAGAUCGCUGCCGACAGUGGAGGUCUGAUGGAGCGGCCGUGUUCUCUGACCGGGACUCCAGAGAGCAUUGAGCAGGCGAAGAGGCUGCUGGUCCAGAUCGUGGACCGCUGUAGAAACGGUCCCGGUUUCCAUGGCGACGGGGAGGGCGGAGCCUCGGUGCAGGAGAUGCUGAUCCCAGCGAGUAAGGUGGGGCUGGUGAUUGGCCGAGGAGGAGACACCAUCAAACAGCUGCAGGAGCGAGCAGGAGUGAAGAUGAUGAUGAUCCAGGAUGGUCCGAUGCCGACAGGAGCCGACAAACCUCUGCGUAUCUCUGGAGACCCAUACAAAGUUCAGGCAGCGAGGGAGUUGGUGUUGGAGGUGAUCCGAGAGAAGGACGGAGAUUUCAGGUCGGGACGCAAUGACUUCAGCGCCCGACUAGGAGGAACCAGCCUGGACGUUCCAGUUCCCAGGUUUGCUGUCGGUAUUGUGAUCGGCAGAAAUGGAGAAAUGAUUAAGAAGAUUCAGAACGAUGCAGGGGUCCGAAUCCAGUUUAAAGCAGAUGAUGGCAUCAGUCCGGAGCGUGUUGCCAUGGUGAUGGGACAGCCAGACCGCUGUCAGCACGCUGUCCAUCUCAUCAAUGAGCUGAUCCAGACCGCACAGGAGCGUGACGGCUUCGGCUCAGCCCUGCGGAGUGGGAGGGUCAGAGGUCGCGGUGACUGGACUAUGGGCUCCCCCGGUCCUCUACAGGAAGUGACCUACACCAUCCCUGCUGACAAGUGUGGCCUGGUCAUCGGCAAAGGAGGGGAAACCAUCAAGAGUAUUAACCAGCAGUCUGGAGCUCACGUGGAGCUGCAGAGGAACCCUCCCCCCUCCACCGACCCCAACACCCGGGUCUUCACCAUCAGAGGCACUGCCCAGCAGAUGGAACUGGCCCGUCAGCUCAUAGACGACAAGAUCGGGGGCUCAGGGAUUAUGAGUAAUGGAGGUUUCGGCUUCAGUCCCUUCACCCAGGGUCCUGCUACACACCAGAACUGUGGCAGUGGUCAGACCUUCCUGACUGGUGUUUGGGGAAAUACCUACCAGACCAGCUGGCAAAACCCUGGACAACAAGACCCUGGUCACAAUAUGGCUCAGACAGGACAGAUGGACUACUCUAAAGCAUGGGAGCAGUACUAUAAGAAGCUAGGUCAGCAGAACCAGCCUCAGAGCUUGAUGACAGACUACAGUAAGGCCUGGGAGGACUACUACAAGAAACAGAGUCAGUCGUCUCAGCAGAGUUCGGUGCCAGACUACACUGCAGCGUUAGCAGAAUACUACAGACAGCAGCCCUACCUGUGGAACCCCGCCCAGAUACAGGAUCACUAGAGGCUCCUCCCUCGGCGGUGAAGGCCUCAGAUGGUUAUUGACGGCAACCGAAUCGGGGUUUCCUAGCAACGCUCCGCCGCUUCCUCCUUCCUUUUGUAGAGAAAAACUAAGGAUUAACUGAAAAAUCACGAACUCUUUUCUUUCUGUUUUUUAACCUUACAAAGUUGAUAUUUUGUCGGGCAGAUUUUUUUGGACUAGCCUCUGGUCUCUCCACAGUGUAGACCUGGUUUUUCUUUUUGUUUUAUUUUUUAUCAAACUUGAACUUAAAGAUGUAUCAGUGUGGCUUUGAACAAAAAAAAUCCAGUAUAAUCUAUAUUUUGUCUAGUUUUAUUUUCCGAUAAGAAAACGGUAUAAGGCUUAGCAGUCUUGAGUAAGAAAAUCAGAUAUUAUUAUUAUUUUGUUUAUGAUAAUGUUUUAAAGCAUGCGUCAGAUUGUGUGUGUUGACUCUCAGUUAUUUUUUUUUAUUUUGGCAUAGAAAUAUUUUAAUAGCGUCGGAUGGAAAUGUAACGUUUUACCGUCAGAGACAAAACUGUUUUUUGUACUAAAUCUGUGCUCGCUGGGUCUGUUUGUUCUCAAUCUAAUUUUACCUGUUUAGUCGCCAUCUUGGAGGUGCAAUGACGCGUUUAUUGUUUUCUUUUUGGUUUGAUGAUAGUUCUUAUUCCUGUAUCUCUAUAGUGAUUCUUUAGUUUUUAUGAUGUAAUGAUGAAUAAAUGACGAUUUAUAUUGCGUUGUCUAAAGCCAGAUCUCUCUGUGGUCAAACACUUUGUGUCCUCCACAGGAUUUAACCUCCAGCCGACACCACGUUUCCCCGCCUCGACUUUCAUUACAAAAAGCGGGAAAAAUACUAUUUUCUUACAGAGUGAAACUUUAUUAUUGUUGUUGUAACUUAGUUCUGCAUUUCUACUUUACCGAUUUGUUUGUAGCAUAAACGUUAGGAGCUGAACAAUGAAGUUAUCGAUUCUGUUAGCGAUGUGUUAGCCUAACGAGUGCAUUAGCUAAAUGCGCAGGUUAGCUAAACAAUGUUUGGUCGCAAAAAGGUGUGUGUUACCUCAACUGUGUGUUAGCUGGAUGAAUGUGGUGGUUAAACUGUUUCUAUUCGCUGUAUGGUGUGUUCGUGUGUUAGCUAAAUGUUAGCAGAAUCAAUGUGGUGGCUAAAUUGUUUGUUAGCCGUGUCAUUUAGAUGAGUGCACAGGUUAACUCAGAGAUGUCUCUUAGUGAAAAGAUAUCUGAACUGUAUGUGUUAGCUAAGCAUUAUGAACAUUGAGCAGUAGCUUGACAGUUGGAAUUCUACUGAAUGUGCGUUACAAAUUUUUGGUGGCUGAACUGUUUCUGUGUGUCCGGUUUGUGUGUUAGCUGGAUGUGUAGCUUUUAGCUAAACGUGCGCUAACUGAACUUUGCUUUAUGCCACACUCACAGCAUACAACAUAGACAGUAAAUAACUGAGUGAGAAAAAGGUUCAUCAGCCUCUUAGUUGAGAUUAGCAGUUAACUACCAGCAAACCAGUGCAACUAAAGUUAUUUUCAUUAUCGAUUAAUCUGCAGAUCAGAAAACUGUGAAAAAGACCUGUUUUAAUUUCCUACAUAGAUAGUUUCUUAAAAUAUUUUGUUUUGUCUGGUCCGCAGUUAAAAACCCAAAGAUACUCAGUUUACCACCAUGUACAACAAAGAUAAAAUUCUCAAAUUGUGAAGCUGGAACCAGCAAAAUCUGGCAUUUUCAUUCCAAACCAUACCUAAUUGAUUAAUUGCUUAUCCAAAUAGUUUUCUGUCAAUCAGCCAAUCAGUUAAUUUUCUAAUUGUCGCAGCUCUACAUUCUGCUAAUUAAAAAGGCGCUAUGCACUGUUUGCAUCUAAUUUUACUUGCUAACAAACUUAAUGUAAAACAAUUUAAAAAUUGCUAAUUUUGGCUUCACAUCCAUUUAUCUGGUACGCCUAAAUGGCUAGCAAAGGGCAUAAUGUCUUUGAAUACUGUGUCAGUGUUACCUGAUUCUGCUGAAAUAGUAUGAAUGCACAUCAGCCAUCUCACAUAAAAAUUAACAGACCUGUGUAACAACCCAGCAACAAAAUAGCCCCAAAGACAACACUGAUAAAGUCCGUUCUGUUAAUUAAAAAUAAGCUGCACACUGUUUGCAUCUAGUUUUACUUUACUCCAAAAUGGUGAGAUGGUAAGAUUGGUAAGAUGGUAAUGGUAAGAUUAUUUAAAAAAAUACCAGGUUUAGGCUUCAUAUCCAUUCAGCUGGUAUAACUUUGAAUAAUGCGUCAGUGUUCCCAAAUUCUCCCUGAUUCUGCUGACAUGAUGUGAAUAUUCGUUAGCCAAAUAUAACGUGCUGGUGUGACGAGAUCAGGUAAACUAUGUACAUUAGCCGAACUCUUGAGUGUGUGUUGUAGCACAGUGGCGCUGAAUGUUCAUUAGCUAAACGGUUUGUUGCGUGAACAUGUGUAUAUUGGCUAAAUUUGUAUGUUAGGUGUGUAGUGUGUGUGUUAGCUUUAUGUCGUGUGUCUGUUAAUGCUGGAUUAUGCUUCUAAAACAUGCACGUGUCAUUUUAGAUUUUGUUAAGAAUAGACUUGCAACCAUAAACACGACCGACAGAACAAUAAGCGGUGAUUGUUUUGCUAAUUGAUUAAUUGCUUUUCUCUGGUUUCAGUUUCUCCUAUGUGAAUAUUUUCUGGUUUCUAUGUUAUUUUACUCAGUAGGUUUGGGUUUUGGAUUAUUUAUCAGAUAUUUGAAGAUGUCACCUUGGGCUUUGGGACAGAUUUUUAUUCACCAAAUGACAAGUAUUUUAAGUAUUUUUGGUCUUCCUUUUUGAACCCACCACCCAACAGGGUUUUGGAUCCAGUCAUUAACUUUAUAUCGCACACUUUUAUGUGGAAGAUUUGUCGGCUUCUUUUCAUAAAUUCAGAGACAUUUACGUGUAUCUUUGUAGAUGUAUUAUUCCAGCCUUAACUGUAUAAUAUGUUUGUUAAUGGAACUUGUUGUGUAUGUUAGCCACAUGUUGCGUGUAUGUUAGGGCUGGAUUAUGCUUCUCGAACAUGCACGGUUGCCAUUUUGGAGAAGUAUGCGUGGCUUUUUUAUACUUGUACAAAUGUAAAAGUAUUUUUUGCUUUUCCUGUCCUUUUUGGAUUUACCAAUCUAACUUGCGCUGUUGAUAUUUGAAGACUUGUAAGUCGACCUACAGUUACCUAUAACCCUUUUUGUAUAAAUUCACAGAGACAUAUAUAUAUAUAUAUAUAUAUAUAUAUAUAUAUAUAUAUAUAUAUAUGUGUGUGUGUGUGUGUGUAUAUGUAUUUGUAGAAGUAUUAUUCCAGCCUUAACUGUAUAGUACUUUUGUUAGCAUUAUACGUUAGCUGUCUGAUGUGUAUGUCAUUGUGUUAGCUUAACAUUGUGUGUGUUAGUUGUAUGAUGUGUGUAUGUUAAGGCUGGAUUAUGCUUCUUGAACAUGCACGUUGUUUCGGAGAAGUUCUUGCGUGACUAUUUUAUACUUGUAUGAACGUAAAAGUAUUUUUUGCUUUCCUGUUUUGGGCCCACUUCCCAACAGAAUUAUGGAUCUUCUCGUUAGCUUGUUUAAUGCUCGUUGUUGACAAUGUGGAAGUGAGUGCGAGUCUGUCUCUUUGUAUAAACUCACAGACGUUUGUGUAUCUUCGUAGGUGUAAUUCCAGCCUUGGCUGUAUAUUUGUUAGCAUCGUGUGUUCCCUAUCUGGUGUGUACAUCCACGUGUUGGCUGAAUGUUGUGUGUUUGUUAGCUGAACGUGUGUCGGACCACAGAGAGGUUUGUCUGGCGUCGAGGGAGAUCUGGCUGUUGUUGAGUUGAAUAUUGAAUCAGUGGUUCUGCUUCUUGUAUGUGUGACAAUGAUGAUGAUGACGAUAAUAAUAAUAAUGACGACGAUAAUAAUGAGUUCUCCUGUACAGGGGUCUAUUUAAAUCUGUUAAUCCAGUUAUGAAUAUUCAGUUUGUCGAUAAGAUAAUAUGGUUUGUGUAAAUUUUCACUCUCUGGCGGGUGCUCUCCAGUAAAAAAUGUACUUUGUUAUCCUGUUAAAAAUGAUAUUGUUUAAUUCACAUGUUGUGUCUAACCGAUUUGCAAAGAAAAGCUGAGUGUGUUAUAUUCUCAAGACUGCUAGGCUAACUGUCUCUAUCUCUUCUCCUUGUCUGUCUGUCUGUCUUUGUCCUGAAGUUGCCACGUUAAAAAGUUGGCAGGAUUUGGUGUUUUUUCAACACGUCUGUAAUCGGACCAUGUGAUUACAAAAGUGUCAGCUGUGCAUUAUCGUUGCAGGCGUGUUGAACAGUCCUGCAGCUUGUUAGCGUGGUGGCUCUGAGGCGAGGAGAGCUGUAGUGAACGGGUCUAAACCCCCGAAAAAUUAUUAAGAAUACGCUGGAGUGGACGGCGGCCUGGUGUCCAGUCCCAGUUCUGGGCUCAGUGUCAACUAGACCAGUGGUUAGCGGGGUCACACCAAGCCUCCCAACAUCCCAGAAUCAGGACCGGGCACAACGUCACCCGUCCACUCCAGUUUAGAUCUUCCUUGUCCCGACCUCUCAUCCUGAAGAGGUGACCGGGAGCUUUUUUGGUUUCAUGGUUUCUGUUGUUUUUCUAAUGGACAGACGUCCUAACUGUAACCUGCAGAUUUUUCUAUUAGAUUCUAUUGACAGAUAGAGUUGUGUAUGAACCCGAGCCACGAGACUGUCGGUGGCCGAGGAAGAGGAAGAUGGAUGAUGAUGAUUAACAUGAGGGCUAAUAAACAGGCUCAUUCUUUCUGA